ACAUUUCUUGCAGUGUUGGGCACACAUUUUGCUUCUAUUGUCUCGGAUGGCCUCUCUGAAAGAGAUCGUCUCCGCCCGAUACGAUCCAAGACGCAGCGAAGCAACGGAGCCGUUAUCAGGCGCAGGUGCGACCUCAUUCCGUCCCACGAGGCAGCGAGGGGGAUCCCCGAUAUCGGCGGCGGCGUCCAGCGGCGGUUGGCAGCGCGUUAUAAAAGGCGCGCGCGCGGGCUCCCAGGAGCAUCCGCAGCCUGGACGAUGGCUUCGCGGGCGUGGGCGUGGCUCGUGGUGUGGGCGUGCCUGGUGGGCGGCGCCCUCGCCUCCUGCACCUUUAGCCACCGCAACCUGCUCGCGCGCCAGCCGCUGCUGCUGCGCCCUGGCGGCAGCCGCGACGCCCGCGGCUUUGUUCACGUUGACGCCUCCGCCAACGUCGUCCUCAAGACCGGAGAAGAAAUUGAAUUGGCAUGCCCAGGUACAAACAACUACCUACAAGGCAGUAAUGUUCUACCUCUUCCUAACAUCACAGUUGCCUGUCAAUCAUCAUACACCUUCACUGCCGAUGGAAUAUCGAUAUCUCUCAACCAGGUGGAGUGCGCGUUGGAGCCGCUGCACGAGGCGCGGGUGACGGGCGACGCGCGGCGGUGCGCGCCGCGGCUCUCCCACGUGGAGGUGGGCUUCGCGCUGGCCGGGGGCUUCCUGCCGCUGUACGAGGUGUGCCUGGACGCCGACGCGCUCGCGCCCGCCGCCACGCGCCACUACGUGGUAGCCGCUUACGUACAAAGCACGCAAGUGCAGUCAUUUACUGUUCAGCUGGGCUCAACGAACGCUAACAAAUAUAUUACAUACAACAAUUACCUCCAGUACAACCUCUUGACGCCUCUGGAAGAUUUCGUCUAUGGACCUCAACGUAUGGCAGUUUCUUUCUACCUGAAUUCGUUCGCGUCGGGCUUCUGGCGCUCGCUGGAGAGCUCCGUGCGCGAGGUGGCGCGCAGCGAGGGCGACCUGCUGGUGCAGACGUCGGCGGUGGGCGUGGCGCAGCUGCCCGACGCGGAGGGCCGGCCCACGCCCACCUACCUGCACGCCACGGCCGCCGGCGCGCGCCUCAUGCCGCUGCCGCAGUUCCUCGUGAAGAGCGUGGAGAACGCGCGCGGCGAGCAGGUCGUCUUCGAGGUGUGCGAGGACGUGUGCGCGCGGCUGCGCUGGCUGCCGUGGCGCAGGGUGCCGCCCGCCAGCCGCUCCGUGCUCUGCUGCCGCGCGGGCGACCCCCUGCUGCGCCGCCUGCUGCCCACGCCCUUCGCCCACGACGACGCCCUCGCGCGUUCCCUCGCCCACGGCGGCGGGGACGCCCCGCUCCUCGAGGGCGGCGCCGACGCAGCGGAGUCCACACCGAGCAACUGAAGAUUCUUUCAGAAUACACCCAAGCGCUAGGUUUCUCGUUUUCGGAAAACGGGUCAAAUUGAGUUUUCUGGCCAGUGUUUUAAUUUUUCGCUACAAGUAGUGAUUAUUUCAUUAUUUUUUACUACAAAAGUACGUUUACACUUUCAGAAAAAUAUUCUACUUUUAACUAAUUCUUCUGGCUCUAGACUGCGUUUUGAAGCAAACGAUUCAAUUUCCAGCGCAUGCUAUUUCCAGACCAUCUAGGAAAAGCAACCUAUAUCCUAUGGGUCUCAAACUAGUAGCAAUGGGUGCAAACUAGGCUCUUAUAUGAUAUACAUAAUCAUCCUCUAUUGGAAUAUUUAACGAAGAAAAUAAUUAAUAAUAUCCAAAUUCGCGGAUUUUAUCAAUUUUGUAAUAUUUUAUGAGAUCAAUGAAGACAAGAAUAUUCUGUGUACUUAGUCAAGUAAAAAAAUUGAGUUUUUCCCCCUCCUUUUUGUAAUUAUUUACUAUGUGAAUUUAAAAUAUUUUUGCAAUAGUUAAAU